AACUUUGUCGAAAUGAUGAAUGGAUAACUCGCUAGGUCGUGAGCUACAUCUGCUACGUCUUUAUUUUCCCCAUGCGCUAACAUAAUAUAGUUAUCAGUUUUAGCUUGCCAUCCUUUUUAUGUUAUUGUGUAUCGAAACGAAACGAUUUUCUUUAAUGAAACGUUAUUAAGCUAACUAACAAUCGUCACCCGCAGUCACGGGCUUGUUUAGCAACUGAGAGCGAGGUAACGUACGAGCGCAGACAACAUGCUCAUUUUUCAUCUAGACUAUUCAGGAUUAAUGAAUGACAGCACUGUCUGGGAGGCAUUUGCUGUAGGCCGCCAGUGAGAGAAACAGACCAUGUCUCAGGACAAGAACAGCUACCCCGGGGUCAUGGGGGAGAACAACCCCCUCCACAACAACGUCUACGGACCGCCCCAGCCCGGGUUCGGGAUAGCCCCUCCCAACUACACCCCGGCUCCAGUGCAAGCUCCAUACCCCGGCCAGCCUGCAGCCUAUGGCCAGCCUACACCAUACGAUCAACCUGCCCCCUAUGGUCAACCUGCACCCUAUGGUCAGCCCGGGUUUCCCCAGGGAGGCCCAGGGUUUGGACAGGGACCCUACCCUCAGAUGCCCUAUCCCCAGGGCCCCUACCCCACAGUGCCCUACCAGCAACCUGCACAGCCAGGGUUCCCUGGUGACCCCAACACUUCCGUGGGUGACGGUUACCAUGGGGACGUGCCACCGUCUUACUACGACAACGAGGAGUUUACCAACUCUGGCUUUGAGGACAAGAGCAUCCGACAGGCGUUCAUCAGAAAGGUGUUCCUGGUGCUGACCGUUCAGCUGAUGGUCACCUUCUCCUUCGUGGCCGUCUUCACCUUCGUGGACGAUGCCAAGUUGUUUGUGCGGCGUAACCCCUGGACGUACUACGUGUCCUACGCCAUCUUCUUUGUGUCUCUCAUCACCCUCAGCUGCUGUGGAGAGUUCCGGCGCAAACACCCCUGGAACCUGAUCGCUUUGUCCAUCCUGACCCUGAGUCUGUCCUACAUGGUGGGGAUGAUCGCCAGCUUCUACGACACGGAGACUGUCAUCAUGGCUGUGGGCAUCACCGCUGUGGUCUGCUUCACCGUGGUCCUCUUCUCACUACAGAGCAAGUAUGACUUCACUUCCUGCCGCGGCGUUCUGUUUGUGUGUUUGAUCGUCCUGCUGCUCUUCUCCAUCCUCUGCAUCUUCAUCCGCCACAGGAUCCUCCACAUCGUCUACGCCUCCCUGGGAGCCCUGCUCUUCACCUGCUUCUUGGCCGUGGACACCCAGCUCCUCCUGGGCAACAAGAAGCUGGCUCUGAGUCCAGAGGAGUACAUCUUUGCCGCUCUCAACCUCUACACAGACAUCAUCAACAUCUUCCUCUACAUCCUGGCUAUCGUGGGCCGUUCCCGUGAGUGAUGGAGCGACGCCCUCUAGAGGAAAGGGAGAGGAAGGCAGCCAGGAGGAUUGAAUGAUGCUCUUUUCCCCUCGGUGUCUUUUUGUGUGAUUUGUUCCACUUUUUGAGGUUCCCUCCAAUUUGUCUGUUACACCUCCCCGCCAUCAUCCCACCCCCUUCAGGAGACGAAUUGGGUGACAGAAAAAAGGGUUCUGUCACCUAUUGCCGCAGGCCUGCCAUAGAGUGCAGCAAAGAAGGGCACAUUUUUGAAGUUAUUUAUUUGAAGUUCUAUUUAAGUAUGUUAUAAGUUAUUCCUUUUUUUUUUUUUUUUUACAUUCCUUGUUUGUUUUUAUGUAUUCUGCUUGUUCUGUCCUCCUUGGCAAUCUGCUUCUACUUACAGAGAUAUGGUAGCUAACUAGUACAUCACUUCUGAACAACAUUAGCUGAACGAAUUUUAUAGAACUCUCCUGUCCUCUGCGAUUUUGGCGCUUUUCCUUGCCUUGUAGAUUAAGCACUGUAGAGAGAGAGAGUGGUAUGCUAUCUGAUAGAGAAAGCCACGCUGUGAUGCAGGCCAGCGCUUUUUAAGGAAGAAACCUAGAAACAACACCUUUCCUGCUAUAUUCUCCCCCUCUGUUGUUCCCUCAUUUUCCUGCCAAUGUAAAUUAACUCUGCAUGGCACCUGAAACAGCUGAAAUGAGCUCAAUAGAUGAAUAAAAACCCUCCAGAGGGAUACCUCUCCUAGCCUGCUUGUUACGUAGCUGUACAUAGUUCUGUGUGAAAUGUAUAUGACACUUAGUUCCCUAACCAGCUCUCUCUAGGCAUGCCCGGGGAGUGUAUGGCUGUGAUGCUCACUAUAUAUAUAUAUAUAUAUAUAUAUAUCACAUACUUUCUCCCCAUCCUUCCCUCCCUCCAUCCUCACUAUCACGCUGCCCUCUCCCCAUCCCUCCCUCCCGCCAUCCUCACUAACAUGCUGCCCUCUCCCCAUCCCUCCCUCUCCCCAUCCCUCCCUAUAUAUAUAUAUAUAUAUAUAUAACUGAUGACAUCACUAAGCAUCGCUAACCAGUACAAAGACCAAAACUCCAAGCUAUUAAAGCGAGAGCGCUCACCUCUAACCCACUCCACAAGAUGUGAAUGUCGUUUGUGUUGUUAACAUGGAUGUACAACACUAAUACACAUGAAUAAUAAUGUAUGUUCAGUACCAGUCAAAAGUUUGGACACGCCACCCGAGUGGCGCAGUGGUCUAAGGCACUGUAUCACAGUGCUAGCUGUGCCACUAGAGAUUCUGGGUUUGAGUCCAGGCUCUGUCGCAGCCGGCCACGACCGGGAGACCCAUGGGGCGGCGCACAAUUGGCCCAGCAUCAUCCGGAUUAGGUGGGGGGUUUGUCCGGCAGGGAUGUCUUGUGCCAUCGUGCACUAGCGACUCCUGUGGCGGGCCGGGUGCAGUGCAUGCUGACACAGUCACCAGGUGUACGCGUUUCCUCCGACACAUUGGUGCGGCUGGCUUCCGGGUUAAGUGGGCAUUUGUUAAGUAGCAGUGCAGUUGGGUUGUGUUUCGGAGGACGCACGGCUCCCGACCUUUGUCUCUCCUGUGUCCGUACGGGAGUUGCAGCGAUGAGACAAGACUGUAACUACCAAUUGGAUAACACGAAAAAGGGGUAAUAAAAAAUAAAAUUAAAAACGUUUGGACACCUACUCAUUCAAGGGUUUUUCUUUAUUUUUACUAUUUUCUACAUUGUUGAAUAAUAGUGAAGAUAUCAAAACUCUGAAAUAAGUGUUAAACAAAUCAAAUAUAUUUUAGGUUCUUCAAAGUAGCCACCCUUUAGCUUGAUAACAGCUUUGCACGCUCUUGGCAUUCUCAACCAGCUUCACCUGGAAUGCUUUUCCAACAGUCUUGAAGGAGUUCCCACAUAUUCUGAGCACUUGUUGGCUGCUUUUUCUUCACUCAUCGGUCCAACUCAUCCCAAACCAUCUCAGUUGGAUUGAGGUCGGGUGAUUGUGGACGCCAGAUCAUCUGAUGCAGCACUCAUCACUUUCCUUUGUCAAAUAUCCCUUACACAGCCUGGAGGUAUGUUGGGUCAUUGUCCUGUUGAAAAACCAAUGAUAAUCCCGCUAUGUGCAAACCAGAUGGGAUGGCGUAUCACUUCAGAAUGCUGUGGUAGCCAUGCUGGUUAAGUGUGCCUUCAAUUCUAAAUAAAUCACAGACGGUGUCACCAGCAAAGCACCAUCACACCACCACCUCCAUGCUUCACGGUGUGAACCACACAUGCGGAGAUCAUCCGCUCACCUACUCUGCGUCUUACAAAGACACGGUUGGAACCAAAAAUCUCACACUUGGACUCAUCAGACCAAAGGACAUAUUUCCACCGGUCUAAUGUCCAUUGCUCGUGUUUCUUGGCCCAAGCAAGUCUCUUCUUCUUAUUGGUGUCCUUUAGUCGUGGUUUCUUUGCAGCAAUUUUACCAUGAAGGCCUGAUUCACACAGUCUCCUUUGAACAGUUGAUGUUGAGAUGUGUCUGUUACAUGAACUCUGUGAAGCAUUUAUUUGGGCUGUAAUUUCUGAGGCUGGUAACUCUAAUGAGCAUGCUGGUAACUCUAAUGAGCAUAUCCUCUGCAGCAGAGGUAACUCUGGGUCUUCCUUUCCUGUGUCGGUCCUCAUGAGAGCCAGUUUCAUCAUAGCACUUGAUGGUUUUUGCGACUGCACUUGAAGAAGCGUUCAAAGUUCUUGAAAUUUUUUGCAUUGACUGACCUUCAUGUAUUAAAGAUGGUCUGUUGUUUCUCUUUGCUUAUUUGAGCUGUUCUUGCCACAAUAUGGACUUGGAAUUUUACCAAAUAGGGCUUUCUUCUGUAUGCCACCCUUACCAUGUCACAACAGAACUGAUUGGCUCAAAUGCAUUAAGAAGGAAAGAAAUUCCACAAAUUAACUUUUAACAAGGCACACCUGUUAAUUGAAAUGCAUUCCAGGUGACUACCUCCAUGAAGCUUGUUGAGAGAAUGCCAAGAGUGCGCAAAGCUGUCGUCAAGGUAAAGGGUAGGUACUUUGAAGAAUCUCAAAUAUAAAAUAUAUUUUCAUAUGUUUAACACUUUUUUGGGUUACUACAUGAUGGUUACUACUACAUACUACCCCUAUGUGUUAUUUCAUGUCUUCACUAUUAUUGUACAAUGUAGAAAAUAGUAUAAAUAAAUAGAAAUCCUUCGAAUGAGUAGGAGUGUCCAAACUUUUGACUGGUACUGUGUGUGUAUAUAUUAUUAAUGGAAUGCUAGAUGUUUUUUUCCCCCCCUUAUGUUCUGAAUGUUGGGAAGCUUGGUAAUUGAGAUGCUUUUGUAGAAGCUAAAUAUGGAAUGUCCCAUUGGCUUCUUUUGGAUAAAUGUUUUCACUCUUACUUUUCACUUAUCCUUAAUAAUUCCGCAUUUGUCUCUGUCUUCAUGUAUAGUAAAUAGUAUUAUUAUUAUUUAUUUUUUCAUUCUUACUAAUGUGAAAUGUUUAGGUAUUGGAAUUUCGGAAGACUUUUAUACAGAGCUGUUCGAAAAAUAUCACUUUUUUUUUACUGGCAUGUAGUAGAUGAACACCGAGAUUGAAGGAUAUAAGUUAUUAAUUAUAAAUUUAUUGAAGUUGCUAUAGAAGGCAGGGCUGCUGUGAAGUUGAAAGUAAAUGAGCAGGAAACUCAACACUUUUCUGUCCUUCUGAAUGAUGCAUGGGACGCAGAGGGGCAUACAUUCUGUGAGGUUUCCUGCUCGAACAUGGAUUUGUGUAAACACUGGAAGACUUAAAGGUAGAAUAAGGAGAGGCUGGAAACACAGAAUCACUUUGACUACUAGUCACUAGAGAACACAUUCUUAGUUUUAACACUCCACUACUGCCAAUGCUGACCAAUCUGUUGAUGUUCUCCAUUGAAACUAUACACUAAGUUACAUCCACUAAAAUGAAUACCAUUUUUUGAAAACCACAUCAGUCUUAAAUAUCUCAGAUUGAGUUAUAAUUUGACUCCUGUUGCACGAUCCUUCCCUGUUGUUGCAUGUGCUGUGAUUUCACACUGGGCAGUGCACUAGCUGUUUAUUUGAGUCAUGUUGAACGAAGAAUAAUCAUAAUGAUAGAAGUGUUAUUGUUGUGCUGCCUACGGCCCUGUUUUGAUUUAAUGUUUCUGUUUAUCUAAGUAAAUGUGUAUUUACAAUGAGUGUACAAAACAUGAGGAACACCUUCCUAAUAUUGAGUUGCAACCCCCACCCCACCUUUUGCCCUCAGAACAGCCUCAAUUCUACAAGGUAUCGAAAGUGUUCCACAGGGAUGCUGGGCCAUGUUGUCUCCAAUGCUUCCCACAGUUGUCAAGUUGGCUGGAUGUGCACUGGGUGGUGGACCAUUCUUGAAUCACAUGGGAAACUGUUGAGAGUGAAAAACCCAGCAGCGUUGUAGUUCUUGACACACUCAAGCCGGUGUGCCUGGCAGCUACUACCAUAACCCGUUCAAAAGCACUUAAAUCGUUUGUCUUGCCCAUACACCCUCUGAAUGGCACACACAAACAAUACAUGUCUCAAGGCUUAAAAAUCAUUUUUUAACCUGUCUCCUCCCCUUUAUCUACGCUGAUUGAAGUGGAUUUAACCGGUGACCUCAAUAAGGGAUCAUAGCUUUCAUCUGGGCAUUUGGUCAUGAAAAGAGCAGGUGUUCCUAAUGUGUUGUACACUGUAUAAUACAACUCCUUAGUGGUUUGAUGUGUAUCGAGUAAAUUGGGGCUUUGUAGUUAUGUUUGCACUGUAAAUUUGCAUUCAAAUGAACUGGAAUUGCAUUCCUCUACACUACUCUUUGUUUUUCAUUAAAAGAGCUAUACACACUA